AUACAUAAUAUAGACGAGAAAGGAGCACGAAUUUGUAUACCUGCAGGAGAGGAGGUUAUCGUACCGAUUGGAAUCAAGGAGAUAUAUACGGGGAUACCAGAGAAUCGCAUAUCUCUUACGAUAAUUGAAUAUAUAUCUGCAAAUGGCAAGGCAAUUCCUCCGGUAGUAAUUAUACCUGGAGUCAUAAUUAUGGUUUCCUGGUUCCACGAAAAUAUAACCGGCCACGAGGUUAUUACAGUCUCUCCCACAGGAUAUACGAACGAGGGGAUCUGUAUGGUUUGGCUAGACCAUUUUAUUAAGCACAAUGAUUGCGGGCCUAAUAAGGAGUGGCAUAUUCUCUUAAUUAACGAAGUAACUUGCCACCAAGCGGACGAUUUUGUCUUGAAAGCUAUAUAUAAUAAGAUACGAAUCGUAUAAUUUCCUUUCCACCAAACGCACCUCCUUCAACCAUAUAAUAUUAGCGUCUUUAGGGAGUAGAAAUACUACUAACAGGUCAAUAUUAUAAAUGCGAUUCGCUCGUACGAGCCGGAAUACAAUAUUUAGUGCUUCUUUUGCGAUCUCC